AACAAAAAAAAUAUUCUCAUUAUAUCACAAAAUUUAUUCUUUCUGUCACCUAACUAUUUGAAGAUCAUUUUCUUCAUUCUCAUAUCUACUAAAGUAGUCCUAACUAUAAAACAUGUAAUACUAUCUCCACAUAAAAACAAUUCCAUUUUUCAAUUUCUUUCUUCUAGUAGGGGUAUUUUUUUUAUGGACACACUAUUAAACAAUCACCGUCCAAUUAGUCAGCACUCACUGUAGAAUUUCUUCCCGAUUUAAAGUGUCAAACUAGUGUAUACAAUGUCCAUUCUAUGAUAAUCAUCUCUCUAAAGACUAAAAUGGAAGCCACAAAAUCCAAGAUAGUAGUCCACGACGUCCCACCCUACCUCCGCGUCUACCACGACGGCACGGUCGAGCGCCUCCUCGGCACCGGCUUCGCCCCCGCUUCCCUCGACCCCUCCACCUCCGUCUCCUCCAAAGACAUCCUCCUCCACCCCGAAACCAGCCUCUCCGCCCGCCUCUACCUCCCCACCCCCUCCCCCUCCACCAAACUCCCCCUCGUCCUCUACUUCCACGGCGGCGCCUUCUGCAUCUCCUCCUCCGCCGACCCCUUGUACCACUCCAUGCUCAACUCCCUCGCCCGCCGCGCCCAAGCCCUCCUCGUCUCCGUCGACUACCGCCUCGCCCCCGAGCACCCCCUCCCCGCCGCCUACCACGACUCCUGGUCCGCCCUCCUCUCCCUCUCCUCCUCCCCCGAUCCCUGGAUCGCGCAACACGCGGAUUUCGACCGAGUCUUUUUGGCCGGGGACAGCGCCGGCGCCAACAUCGCCCACCACCUCGCCAUCCGAGUUGGUGCAGGCCGGGAGGUGGGGUUCGGGAUCCGCGGGGCGCUGAUGGUGCAGCCGUACUUCUGGGGGGAGGAGGCGAUGGGGCCGGAGAGGGAGAAUCCGGUGUUCAAGGCGGUGGUGGACGGGUGGUGGAGGUUCGUGUGCCCGUCCGAGAAAGGGUGCGACGACCCGAUGAUCAACCCGUUCGUGGACGGGGCGCCCGGGAUGGAGGGGUCCGGGUGCGGGAGGGUGCUGGUGUGCGUGGCGGGGAAUGAUAUUUUGCGGGAGAGAGGGAAGCUUUAUUACAAGGUGUUGAGCGAGAGCAAAUGGGAGGGGAAGGCGGAGCUGUUUGAGACGGAAGGGGAGGAUCAUGUGUUCCAUAUCAUCGACCCCACGUCGCAAAAUUCGAGGGAUUUGUUGCAGAGAUGUGCGGAUUUCAUCAACCAAGGAUGAUUUUAGAGUGUUAAUUAGGUUUCUUUGUUUAUGCUCUUUGUUGUUGUGUGAGAGAUUGAAAUAAUUGUGAUGGGGUUGACUAAAACAAUAACUAUGUCUUUUGAAAUGCUUGUUUGGUUAAAGUUAGAAAAAUAAAAGAAAUACAUCUAGAAAAUUAAAGAUA